ACAUAUCAAACCCAAGACUACUGAAUGAUAACCCGAGUUUAUAAGUAUAAGGUUAGAAAAUAUGAAGUUUCUUCCUUGGCUGUGUUUUUUUAUAAUAGUAAAAGUGAAUGGUCAAUAUGUGGUGCCGGAAUUGAAAUUGGAAGCCUUUUCUCCAAAAGGAUUUAGAGCCUCAAUGCCAGCUGAUGAAUUAGACCAAUUGUUUGUAUUCAACGGGAAAAAGGGAAUUGAUCCACUAGCAGAAAAUGAGCCGGGAGAGUUUAGUGGAGAAAUCAAGAAGAAAACGAGGGGCUAUUUUGUUUACGAUAAUCCGAGUUUAGCGUUAAACGUGGGAGAUGAAAUACAUUACACUGUAUAUGUUCAACAUGAUAAUCUAGGUUAUAAAAAAAAUGAUCGAUCGUGGGUUGUCAAAGAACUUUUGAAAGCACAGACAUCCACUUGUGAAAAUAGUAUAUCCCUUGUAAGCGGUUCAGUAUUAAUAUGUAAGGAUUCAACAGUUUUUGAAGACGAUUUCAAGAGCAGUUCAGUAAAUGAGGAUAAAUGGUUGGUGGAGCAGUAUAUCCCUGAUGAACCCGAUUAUGAAUUUGUUAUAUAUAAAAAGGAUAAGGAUGUGGUCCUAAUAAGAAAUAAUCAAUUGAUAAUUAAACCAAAACUUCAAGAUGAAAAGGAUAUAUUUGAAAGCACUAUAGAUAUAUCGGAUGGGUGUACUAGGGCAGUAUCAAAACAAGCACGGUGCAAAGGUAGAAUAUAUCUACUUCAUAACCCUGUAAUUUCCGGAAGACUCGUUUCUAAAACAACAUUUUCUUAUGCAGAUUUCGAAGUUAAAGCAAAGCUUCCUUCUGGAGAAUGGAUGUACCCGGAAAUAUAUUUAGAAGAUGAAAAUUACAAUAGAUUAGUUAUCGCUUAUUCUCGAGGCAACAAAAUUUUUACUGGAAACGAUGGAACAGAUAUUGGAGGAUCUUUGUUAUUCGGAGGCCCAAUGCUGAGUCCGAUUGAACCGACACGUAGUAAGAAGUUGAGCUCCUAUAGACACAAAACUGGUCCUUUAAGUGAUGAUUUUCACAUUUAUAGAAUGAGGUGGACUCCAGAAAAAAUUGAACUAUUCAUAGAUGGACAAAGAUAUGGCGCUAUAAACUCUACAGACAUUCCAUCUUUUGGUUAUACAAGUAAACCACCAGUUCGCGCUCAUUUAGUAAUCGGUAUCGGAGUGGGUGGCAUCAACGAUUUUCCAAAUGAUUUCAAGUCUGGAGAUGUUCUAAAACCUUGGAAAAAUCGAAAUAAUGUGCAAGUAAAAAUGUUCUAUGAGAGCAGAAGUCAAUGGUUGCCUAGCUGGAAUAAUGGUGGACAACUUAUUGUGGAUUACGUUAAGGUUAAAGCCAUAUAAAGUUGAGAAAAGACUAAUUUUGUACAAUUUCGCCUCGCAAUAUAUUUUUUUUUAUUAUAUUAUUAUACUUCUUCAAGACGAA